UUCACUCCCUCCCUCUGUGUCCAGCAUCUAAAUGUGUGGGAGUGGGAUAGAGCUUCUUUCUGUACUCCUACACAGGCAGGAGUAAGAGGCCCCUGGAGUCACCGGCACCGGGAGCAAGGCAGCAUACACGGUAAAAUGACAACCCUACUUCUGUUGUGCAUUUCUCUGCCCAUCAUCUUGGCCACAACAGCACUGGAAGAGCCUGACGCUAUACAUGUCAGCAUCCCUGUUGAGUCGCCUCUCCGUCCCCUGCUGGGAAGCAAGGUACAGGUGCCAUGCUACUUCCACCAAAACACAGUGGAUGACCCAGGAGCACCCACCUCUGCCCCUUUAGCCCACCGAAUCAAAUGGACCUAUAUCACCAAGGAGAAAACUGCUCAAAUUCUGGUAGCAACAAAGGGAAAGAUCUCUGUGGCUACAGAAUAUCUGGACAGGGUGACUCUGGUCAGCUACCCGCAGGUUCCUAGUGAUGCUACCAUUGAAAUAACAGAACUGAGCUCUAAAGACUCUGGAACCUACCGCUGUGAGGUGACCAUGGGCAUCGAGGGUAGCUCUGACAAUGUGGACAUCCAGGUUCAGGGCAUUGUAUUUCACUAUCGUGCCAUCUCCACCCGGUACACCCUAACGUUCGAUAGAGCCAAAGAAGCCUGUGUCAUGAAUGGAGCCACCAUUGCUACUCCUGCGCAACUUCAAGCUGCUUAUGACGAUGGAUACCACCAGUGUGAUGCUGGAUGGCUUUCAGAUCAAACCGUGAGGUACCCCAUUCACGAGCCUCGAGAACCUUGCUUUGGAGAUAAGCAUAACUUUCCUGGAGUGAGGACCUAUGGCAUUAGAGACGUUAACGAAACUUAUGACGUGUACUGCUUUGCUGAGAAGAUGUCAGGCAGAGUUUUCUACUCCAUGUCCAUUGACAAGUUUAGUUUCUAUGAAGCUAAAGACCAGUGUGUCAAACUUGGUGCCAGGCUAGCCACUACUGGAGAGCUUUACCUCGCCUGGAAGGAUGGCAUGGAUGUGUGUAACGCUGGAUGGCUAGCAGACAGAAGUGUACGCUACCCAAUCAACAUCCCCAGACCUCAAUGUGGAGGGGGACUUGUAGGAGUGAGAACUGUCUACUUGUACCCCAACCAAACUGGAUACCCCUACCCAGACUCACGCUAUGAUGCAAUCUGCUUCCAAGAGAGUGACGAUGAAGGUGCUGUGCCUGGGAGGACCACACCCUUACCUGACAUCAGUUUUAUACCCACUGAUCAGCCCUACCUAACCACAACAUCACCUGUGAUCCCAGAGAUCAAGUCCGGAGGGAUAGUAACUCUCCCCCCAGUGACACUGCCAGGUGAAGAUGUGGAGAUGGGUCCCAAAGGUGUGGUUUUCCACUACAGACCAAUCACUGGUCGUUAUACCUUAACUUUUUUGGAAGCUCAGCAGGCUUGCCAGAGCAUUGGAGCCAUCAUUGCCAGCCCCCAGCAGCUGUUUGCAGCCUUUGAAAGAGGCCUUCACCAAUGCGACGCUGGAUGGUUACGUGACCAAACUGUGCGGUAUCCAAUCGUGUCCCCCAGAGAGAACUGUGCUGGUAACCUGCCAAACCUUCCAGGAGUGAGAUCCUACGGCCAGAGACCAGCCAGCGAACGCUACGAUGUCUAUUGUUAUGUGGGCAGUUUGGAAGGUGAGGUCUUCUUCACCACCGACUAUGACAGCUUCGCUUACGAUGAAGCUGUGGAGCAUUGUCAGAAGCUGAACAGCACCCUGGCCACGCCCGGGCAGCUGUACGCCGCCUGGAAACGAGGACUGGACAAAUGCCGCCCAGGCUGGCUCAAGGAUCGUAGCGUCCGUUACCCCAUCACAACCCCCAAAUCUUAUUGUGGAGGUGGCCAGGCCGGGGUGCACACCAUCUACACCUUCCCCAACCAGACGGGAUUUCCUGAUGAGCACUCACGCUACGAUGCCUACUGCUUCAAAGCUCACAUUCCUGUUGUGGAUUCAGUUAAAGAUAGGAUCAAGAAGAAAAUCAUCAUAAAAAUUGAUUCUGCUCCACCCGACCAAACGGAUAUGGAUGGAUACAAUGAAACUGCUUUGAAUACCACCGGAGAUGUGUUUGACAACGAGACGAUAAGUACAAGUCAAGUUUUUCCUUUAGACAAAUCCCCUCCCCCACGAGUUGAUGGGUCAGGUUCUGGUUCAGCUGAGCCUUCGGGCAGCGGAGGGCCCUCUGGAGAAUCUUCUACAUCCACCACCAGCGGUGACACAUCUGGGUCAGGACAGGACAUCACCUUCAGCGGGCACUUUGAUUCGUCUUCUGGCGAGCCUUCUGCAUCUGGAAGCCCAGAGGAGGGGAGGGGCAGUACAAAUUUCUUCACCUCUGGAGAUUUUGGUAGCACAUCUGGAGCUGAAUCUGGAUCUGGCAGCUUUACACCAGGAUCAGGUUCCAGCAGUGGAAGUGGGGACAUCAGUGGUAGUGGAAGUGGUGAUGAGUCCGUGGUGACCUUUGUGAAUGGAAAGAUGGUCGAUUUGUCCAAAACCAUAAAAAAUGACACAAAGCAGGAGGUUAACCAGGGAGGAAUCGAUACUAGUGGGGAAUCAAGUACUUCUGGAUCAGGAGAUAUGUCUGCUUCUGGUUCUGGUGGGUUCUCUGGUAUUUCACUCAUUGAUUACAGUGGAAUUGACCUGACACCUCAGCCAUCUGGAGACCAAGAGGUGUCCAGAUCUGGAUCGGGGUACUACAGUGGUUUUUCCAGUGGUUUUUCCAGUGGUUUUCCUAGUGGUUUUCCCAUUGACUUUUCCAGUGGCUUUUCCAGCGGUUUUCCAUCCGGUGUUUCAGGAAGCGGCUCUUCUUCUGGAGACCCUCUUCCAAAGUAUAAAGUAGACAUCUUGAUUGAACAAAAACUUGUCUUUACUGAAGAGGGCCGGGGUAAGGUGGAGAUAAGCGGGGAAGGCAGCGGGUCAACAAUCCUUCCUGAAAUCAGUGGAGGAUCAACACCAAUGUCCGGAAGCGGAGCGGCUCCUACAAAGGCUUAUAUAGAAUAUGUUCCCACUUUUGACCAAUCGGGAUCCGGAGAUUCUGAUGAAGAGACUGACAGUCCGGUUUAUUCAGUCAUCCCUGACUCAGUCUUUGCUAGGCCAACCACACCUCCUGAAGUUUCAUUAGUGGCUCCGAUGGGUUUGAAGAAUCCUGUAGUCAAUCAAGAGGGCUGUCCUGACGGCUGGAUAGAGUUUGCUGGCAGCUGUUAUCUCCACUCCACUGACAGACUCACCUGGUCUGAAGCCGAGCAGUACUGUAAGGAGUUCAGAGGCCACCUGGUCAGCAUUGGUUCACAGGAGGAGCAGCAGUUUGUCAACUCCAAUGGUGAGAACUACCAGUGGAUCGGACUUAAUGACAAAGAUGUGCAGAAUGUUUUCCAGUGGACAGACGGGAGUCCUCUGACUUUUGAGAACUGGAGGCCCAACCAGCCAGAUAACUACUUUGGUUCUGGUGAGGAUUGUGUGGUGAUGAUCUGGCAUGAAGGCGGCGAGUGGAAUGAUGUGCCCUGCAAUUACCACCUUCCUUACACCUGCAAGAUUGGACCAGUCACGUGUGGAGCACCACCAGAGGUUGAACAUGGCAGCCCGAUGGGCAGCAGCAGAGAGAGCUACCCCAUUAACUCUAUAAUCCGCUAUCAGUGUGACCCAGGCUUCACACAGCGCCACCUGUCAGUCAUACACUGUCUGGCAAACGGACAGUGGGAAGAGCCACUGGUGCAGUGCAUAGAAGCCGGAGCCAACAGCAACAGGCUACACAAAAGGUCCCUGAGGAGACGGAGUAAAGAUGUCAGCAGCCAACAGGAACAGAGGGCACAGCUCUGAGCGACACUGAAAGGACAUGCAACAGAGAGCCACAAAGGAACCUCCUUCUAAAGAAGCAUGGACACGAAUACAAAUGCCAGACCAAAAAGAUAGCAUGCCCUACCCUGUAUAUAAACUCAUGAAAGCACAUCUAGACAAUAAUAAAAAAAAACCUGACUGAUGUUCCUGAUCUUUGAAUGUCAUCCUGCUUCCUCUGAAGGUAAAGUCCUCAAAUACAAAUCUUAUUUAUGAUUCAGCAUCCUGGAGUUAAUCUGUUGGCACUGUUUACUAGAGGCUGCAGGGUCACAUGCAUAGAGCUCAGGAAGGGUGAAUUCAGUUCAACCCUUCCUUUUAUUAAAUUUACCUUUUUUCUAGAUCUGUGUUCCUUAAAAGUGCUGUAGUUUCUUAGAUUCCUCCUUUUUAGAGCCACACAGUGGAUAUCAGUCUUUUUGGUUGUGACAUAGAUAACUGAUACAGCAUUUUAUCUCAACGCGACCGUAAGUAUGAUAUCCACGGUGCCACCAGGGCAACAUAGUAUUAGAAACCUGAUUCAGCCACCCUGGAUUGAAAUAAUCGGCACGUAUGCACUUUGGAGACUUCUCUCAUGUCUGUGCUAAUCAUUUGAAUCCAGUGCACCUUAAAUAUAUUUCUGUAACUUCUUUUUCUUUUUUCAACCUAUCAAAAGAGAUGGGAGGGAAACAGUGCCAUGCAUCUUAAACCCCUGAAACAACAAACUUCAAUGUAUUUCAAAUGACUUUUUGUGACAGACUAACAAAGCAAUGUAGAGCUGUAAAAGAGAAGAGGUCACAUUUUGCUCAAAUCAGUACAAUAAAAAUAAAUUAAAGUAUUCAAAUAUUCAGUUCUUUCACAUUUUCAUCCAUCCUUAUAUCAACUCUGAUCAGACUCAACAAGCAUCACUAAAUAGAUUAUGAUUAUGUCAAGGUAAAGCAUGCUGUUCAUUUGUACAUAGCUCCCUUAAUUAUGAUACUAUACAUAAAACCUAAAGCAACUAAUUACCGUCACAAGUCACCUGUUUGAUAAAAUGCGUCGGUAUGAAUCGGGCUGUUCUUUCAAAGCCUUAAGGGCUGGUUAUACACCUGCAGCAGUUUGGUGCGCAUAUUUUUGCCCAAUAGUGAAGCGUGGUCUGCGCUAUGUUAUUCCAUGCCAAAACGCAAGAGGGACAAUCAUGAACUAGCUAGGAUUGUGGGUGGGGGGGACAUAUCUGAGUUAACUGCCACACACACAGACAACCUGCUUUCUGAGCAUAAACCAGGAAACCCAGAUCUAAAAAGGGAGAGAGAAUACAGCAGAACCAUAACCUGAGCUUCAAUAUUCCCAUUCAAAGACAUGGUGGUGGCAGCAUUAGACCGUGGGCUUUAUUUCUUCUUUAAAAACAAGAAAUCUGGUCAGGGUUGAUUACUAUGAAAGGGUAUAAAAGACAAUGCUGGAGUAGAGGUUCACUUUUCAGCAGACUUACAACCAUAAAUAGGUAGCAUGAGCCUAAACGGAUUGGUUUUAAAGCCAAGACUUAAAAGCAAAGUUAACAGACUCUCUGUGUCCCAAGCCACUGAGUACAUUUGCAAAGCUGGCAAAAACAUAGCAAAGAGGCAAUGCAAAAGCAAAACCUGGCUUCUAUAAAGUAUCGGUUGAGGAGGACUGAUUACAAACACAUGCCACACUUUACUUUUUCUAUUAUUUCAAAAUCAGGCAUAGCGUUAAUUAAUUAGAAUGUAACUUAAAUACAUUGAAGUUUGUGAGUGUGAAAAAAAGUAAAACGUUUUAGGGGUGUGAAUAUUUUUGCAAGGUGCUGAAUACCCCCCUGAGCUACACCUUAGGGGUAUUUUAAUCAAUCUAGAAGGUGAGCAUCUACAGUAGUUUUGCACACUUGAUCCUUAUUUAUCACUCCCCAGUGCAAAAUGGUGCCUUAUUUUCCAUCUCCACUGAUAUGAGAACAGUGUUUCACUGUAAAUAUCCUAUCUGUAAUUUUCUGAACAGCAGGAUCUGUCCAUAACUUGCACAGUGCAGACAGUUUCACUCUAAAAUGAAAAUCCUGCUCCGAUUAAAAUUACUUGCUUCAAUUGGUAACAAGAAUUUGAAUGAGCCCAACUUAAAUUUUUAGUUUUCAAUUUAUAAACUUAAAAAAAUUAGUUGGAUCAACUCGAUUCAAUUACUUGUUACCAGUUGAAGCAAUUCAUUUCAGUUGGAGCAGCAUUUUCUUUUGGGAGUGUUUAACUUUUUUUUUUUUGGUUUAUAGUAUUUAUCACCAGCAAACUUAUGAGUUUGCUGAGUGUUUGCGCUCUUAGAGCCGACUGCACCGAGGAGGACACGUAGAGCAUGUUUUCAUUAAAGCCUGUUUGCUGGGGAGGGUUCAUGCUGUAUUUAGAGUAUCGUCAUACUUCAUUGCAAAGAUGCUUCUUGAUCCAUCGUGAAGCUGGAAGUAGUUCAGAUAUAAGUGGUUUUGGGGGAGGGGGCAGUUUGGUGAGGCUUUUAGGGUCAAUGUUUGGCUUGCUUUUCAAAGAAAACUGAUGGGUUGAUCUCAAAAACCUCUGUGUCUUGAAAUAAGGAAAGGUCAAGUGUCUAUAUUGACAGGUUUGGAAAAUCUUGACAUUUUACCAAGGGUGGAGUGGGUAAUAUUUCUGGAAUUGGACUGACAAAGUUAGAAGUUCAAGAAUAAAUGUGGUUCUGUAUCACUGUUUUACCGUUUACUGAAUGCAACAAACACAGCAAACUAAACACAGAUAACUGCUGUUGGGACCUGUUCCAGAUUCUGACUCCUGAUGUGACCAGACAGCACAUUUCAACGAAUAAAACAUUGUCCUAAUUUGUC